GAAAAAGAAGAAAAUCCUCGUUCGAUCCCCCCAUCACCAAUUAUAAUUGACCGUAUACUAGAACCAGAAGAUCUAAACUACGAUCAUUAUGCAUUACAUUCAAAUCCACCUUAUUUUUGUAUUUCUGGAACAACUGCUUAUCAUUAUAAAAAUUCUCAGGCCACACAACCUUUUGAUUCCAUUGAAGAGGAAACGCGUGUUUGCAUGUUGGCCCUCCAAGAACGACUGUAUGAGCUCGGUUUGGAUUGGUCAGAUGUAACAAACAUGAACGUUUAUAUAAAGGAUAUGAACGAAUUUUCUAAGAUGAAUGGUAUUUAUAAAACUUUUUUUGAUAUCAAUCCUCCAACUAGGGCGUGCGUUGCUAGCAAUUUAUUUUCACCGAUAAAAAUUCAGAUUGAUUUAUCUGCUACAAAGUUACCCUCAGAUGCUAAUAAAAUCAAUUCAACAAAACCAAUGAAGACCAUGCACGUUCAAAGUAUGUCAUACUGGGCACCCGCAAACAUUGGGCCGUACUCUCAAGCUAAAAUUAUAAACAAUCACGCGUAUAUUGCUGGACAAAUAGGAUUAAUCCCUUCGUCGUUGGAAUUCCCGAUUCCACAAGAUAUAUCAUCGCAGACAGCACUUUCAUUGAGAAAUCUCGAAAAAAUAGCAAAUGCACUGGAACUAAAUGUCAAAAAGAGAAGCGCAUUAUGUAUUUGUUAUGUGGAUGAUAAAGAUUCCUUUGGAUUUGUUAGAAAAUCCUGGAAUUGGUUUUGUGGGAAUUCAGAAGAUCCCAAGAAACCCAAGUCAAUUCCACCAGUUCUUUAUGUUUCUGUGCCAUCACUUCCUAAACGAGGUAAGGUAGAAUGGCAAGUUCUGGUUCACGAUGAAUCCAACUUUGAAGAAAUUGAUCACGAUGAUCACAAAUCGAGUGAAAUUUUAAAAAAUUAUUUAGUUUCUGGAGAACCCCUUAUUUUUAAUGAUGAAUUGAAUGCCGAUGAUGCUAAUCCUCUAAUGAUCAAAGUUAAUACUUGGUCUUUGAGUCCAAUCACAUCCAGUGUGAUAACAAUCAAAUUUGAAGAAG